UUAGACGAGGACAGGUUCGUGUCUCUUCUGGAAAAGUUGAUCAACGAGGCGCGAUACCUUCAGAACAACCCCCCCGAGUGCGUGCCCAAGGAGGACCGCGCAGUGCGACACGUUCUCGACGUGCUACAGCCGUACAGGACUUCGGCCCCUUCACCUUCUCUCGGGACGGAGACAAGUUGAGGGGCCGCGGCACCACAGACUGCCUGGGACACGUGGCGCUCGUCACGGAGCUCAUGCGCCAGCUGGCAGUCUGCCGCCCGGAGCUGGGCGCUACAGUGGUGGCGGUGCUGAUAGCCAAUGAGGAGAACGCCACGGUGAAGGAUAUUGGUGUGGACGGGCUGGUGAAGGCGGGCUUGCUGGACCACCUCAGGAAUGGUCCUCUCUUCUGGGUGGACACAGCGGACAAGCAGCCAUGCAUUGGCACGGGGGGCAUGCUGGCAUGGAAGCUCAAGGCGUUCGGCAAGCUCUUUCACUCAGGCCUGCCGCACAAGGCCAUCAAUCCCAUUGAGCUCGCCAUGACAGCACUGGCGGAGAUGCAGACCCGUUUUUACCGGGACUUCCCCCCCCAUGCCAUGGAGAAGACGUAUGGGUUCGCCACACCUUCCACCAUGAAGCCCACUCAGUGGUCGUAUCCGGGCGGCAGCGUGAAUCAAAUCCCAGGGGAGUGCACGGUAGCAGGGGAUUGCCGGAUAACGCCAUUCUAUGACGAAGCUGAGGGAGUAUGUUGCAGAUAUCAACGCCAACCUGAACACGCUCUCAGGCCCCGGGCCGUGCUCGAAAUUCGUUCUGCCCGAAGAAAAUCUGCAGGGCAG